AUGCCAAGCAUCGAUGAUUUUGUCUAUGGAGGUCUUGAAAGGGGAGGGUCAUCAGAUUCCCCGGAUGAGGUUGGGUCUACAACCAAGGAGCCGGACAUCGUCGUCGACGAAGUCUCGGCAGACGGAGAAUACGAAUCCGAUUCUGCCGAGGACAUCUUCGAAGUUGGAAUGAAAUGUGAAUCAAAGCGACUAUAUCCGCGGCACGACGGUUCUCUCUAUGUCGAAUGGGUUGACGAAAUUCCGACGAGAAUCAUGGAUCAGGCCUGCGGCUACGGCAAUGCAUGGAAAGAAUAUGCCCUCCUCCUUCGCACCAACCUCGAGCAGGGAGAGCAACGAAUACAAUCAAUUCUCAUUCAGAGUCCCCUGCUGAAGUCGAAACUCAAUUCGAUCUUCCAGGAUUAUCCUGGCUUUUUCAUGGACGAGAAUAAGGCAUCCAUCGAUGCUCCAUUCAAACCAUUCGUCCACUGCUGGGAUGCUUUCGAAGGCGCUUGUCAAGACCAAUCCGAAACCGGCAAACACAUGCAACUUCUGAGAUCUGCACUGAAGCCUGAACUUCAGGAAGCGUUUUCGGUGAUAAGAGACUUCCAGACUCACGGCAUGAUUCGAUUCGACCGACUUUGGAUGAUCUUCAAGCCCGGCUCCUUUAUCUUUUCAGAACACAAAGGCAUCGAACGAAUAUACAAGCUCAGCCGGACCGAGCUUCGCAAGGCGCCAGAAACCUCCAGCAUGUACUUCCUGCUCCAUUGCUAUUCUAUCGACUGGGACGGAAAAGUGUUCGGUCACACUCUCGAAGUCGAGGGAAUCAAGGACUUCGAGGGAAGCAGAAGGUGUACUGACCUGGGGGUAUUUCCAUUGGAUGCCCACCCAGCAAAACGUUCUGUCGUUGAACGGUUAGUCGACAGAGGUAGAAAAUUCUCCUCUUACACUGGUGUCCACUAUCGCGCGUAUAAUGGUCCGGCCACGAGCUGUGUCCUGGGUGGAGCAUUCGCAGAAGAACAGGUUUCUGGACGUGUAGUGGUAGACACGGAAACCUUCAUGCACUUCUAUCCUUACAGCCGCGACCUUAUUCAACGUCUCGGAACGAACGAAACCAAGGGGAAAGAUUCGAACGAAGAUUCUGAUCAGAUCGACUCUUCUUACACAAACCGAAACAUGUAUAUCAACAUUCCGCAUCUGAGAGAUCAAGCUAUUCUGAGUGCCAACAAUAAGAGCUCAGAAAUGGAGCAGACCAAGUUGACAGAUGAUCAAUUGAUGAUUUGUUGUCCAACUGUGAGAGGAUAUUCUCUCGACUUGAAUGGGUGGAUGCAUUUUAGGAUUGACUCUCUCCGGGAAAUUCAGUGGAAUGGAAAUGCAUUUGAGAGUUUGGCGCUGCCCGGAAACUACAAGAGGCUUCUGUUGGCAUUUGCUGAGACUCAACGGGAUUCAGCUGCCCAGUUCGACGAUGUCAUUGAAGGCAAAGGCAAAGGAAUGGUCGUGUUGCUAGAGGGGCCUCCUGGUCUUGGAAAGACCCUGACCGCUUCCUCAGUGGCUGAAAAGAUGAAAGUCCCGAUCUUCAAAAUUGCGUCUGGCCAGAUGAAGUCAGACCCGGGAACCAUCAAGGCGGUCCUUCAAGAUGCCUUCUUGAUGACUAAAGCCUGGAAAGGGAUCAUCCUUUUGGAUGAAGCUGACAUAUUCCUUGAAAGGCGGUCAGUAAAUGAUUUGGACAGGAAUCAACUGGUUUCUGUCUUUCUUCAACACCUUGAAUACUUUGAAGGGACAAUCUUCCUUACCACAAAUCGAGUUGAGUGCAUCGAUCCAGCGUUUGAGUCUCGAAUCCACCUGUCACUUUCAUACCCCGAAUUGACCCAGGAACUCCGCCACAAGAUUUGGAAAAACUUUGUUCAAACGAUGAAAGUCGAUACAACCCAAAUUACCGACGCGCACUUGGACAAGUUUGCUGCCCUUGACCUCAACGGCCGUCAAAUCAAGAAUACAGUGAAGAUGGCCGGACUGCUUGCCGCGCAGGCAGAAGAUCAUUGUUUGACCGCCGAGCAUGUGGAGACGAUGUUGACCAUCGUCCAGUCGAAGUGA